UUCUGGGCACCUUUAUGAACAUUAGAGUUUGAGGUGAUCCUUUUAUUUUGGAAGACGCCAGGAGGGAACUGAAAGAAAAAUAGCCCCUCCUCUUCCGGGUACGCAGUUACGAGUGGCGGGAAAUGUGAAGUCCACAAACGUCUCCAGCUCUGAUCCACCGUGAAAACACUUCAUGUAUAAACCGGAGAAAAGCAGCGUGGAGAGAAAACGUCCUCCGCCGGUUAAAGUGCUCUCCUGUCAGCUGAGGAGCGCAGAGAACCAGGGGGCCGCUGGCAGCGGGGACAGCUGGCUCAUCAGACCGGGGAAAGGUCGCACUCUUCCGGUGUCACUGGUGUGGAUGCAGGGGACCGUGAUGCAGGCGCAUCUGGACCGAAACGCCGUCCUGCUGAUGGAUGAAACGGGGACAUUUUCUGUCCAGGGCGUCAACAACAUCCCCAAGGGGAAGCCAUGUUUGUCCCAAGGCAAGUACGUGAUGGUGAUGGGUGUGAUCCAGGCCGCCUCCCCGGAGCCAGUGAUCCGGGCGGUGAAGAUGGCAGAUCUCUCGGAGCACGCAGCGCUCCACAUGCGGAUGUGGAAGCUGGAGGUGGAGGAGCUGCAGCAGGUUCUGGGCUGAGAGCAGAGGACGACCUGCUCCUGUUACUGCUCCGGCUGGAUGUGCAGUGAAGAAGACAAUCGAUGAUACAUGUAAACUACUGAAGAAAGGAUUCAAGACAAGACUUCUCUAUGAGCACAUGUGAACUGUUCAUGCAGAAAUACUAUUUAUGGGAUUUUGUUUUCUACUGACUUUCAGCUUUGAGGACAUCUUGUCAUUAACUUAUUUUUAAGGAACAUCGUCAGGUUCUACAAUUGUACUAAAAAAGACAGUUCAAAUAUUAAUGUAUACAAAAGCAGGGUUUCAGAGUUCAUAUGCAACAUUAAGUUUCUUGUUGCUGCAGCUAAUAAACCUCGUCAGAAUUAAGAAAAUGUUCACGUUUAUCUUUGCCGGUGUCAUGUUAGUCAGCUGUGGAAUAGAACUAAGCAUCAUUUUUAAAAGGAUUGUUAAAGAAAGUAUUAGUGACAUGGUACUUAUCAUUUUUCACUUACCUGUAGAGUAUCUUUCACCAUAGUUGCAGAUGUGAAAUCAAUUAAAAACACAGCAGUUUAAACACAGGUUAUAAAAGAAGCUUUAUUUGGUGUGGUGCCCAUUACACUGGUAACACUAUUAGAUAAAUGGAAAAUGACCUAUGUUGAUGGAUAAAAAAUAAAAGAAUGGUAUUUUAAGUAUCCCAUACUUAAA